AUGCGUCGAUUCCUGCUCUCGUUGGCGCUGCUGGCAUGCACCGCCUCCGCCUCUUCUCUCAAUGCCACCAGCUACAGCCUCACUAUGAACUCGGUGGACGAGGAUUUUUGUGACUCGACCAAGCAGUUGAGUGGCUACUUCAAGAUAACAGGCUCCAAGUCGAAGAACUACUUUUACUGGUUCUUCGAAUCACGCGGCAGUCCCUCGACCGAUCCGCUGAUCAUCUGGCUUACUGGCGGUCCUGGAUGCAGCUCCAUCUUGGCUUUACUGCAGGAAAACGGCCCGUGCUCCGUGAACGACGACUUGUCACUCAAGAAGAAUCCGUAUUCGUGGAACGAGCGUGCCAAUGUCAUGUGGAUCGACCAGCCCGUGGGUGUGGGCUUCAGCUACGGAGACAGGCGUGAAUACGACACGUCAGAGAAGGAGGUGGGCGACGACAUGUUCCACUUCCUGCAAGAAUUCUUCAAGGCCUUGCCAGAGUAUCAAAAACUCCCCUUCUACGUCUUCGGAGAGAGUUACGCCGGCCACUACGUGCCCGCGAUCGCUCACAGAAUCUUUACUGGCAACCAGCAAAAGGAGGGACCUGUGGAAAUUAAUUUGAAGGGCUUUGGAAUUGGGAACGGCCUCACCGACCCUGAAGUGCAGUACAAGUACUACCCGGACAUGGCCUACAACAAUACAUACGGCGUCAAGGCUGUGUCGUAUCCCGUGUACGUGGCAAUGAAAGCUGCGGUGUCACCCUGCGUGGGUAUGAUUUACAGCUGCCAAACGACAAAAGCAGCGUGUCUGGCAGCUCAGGCAUUCUGCAAUGCCGCUCUUGUUGCUCCCUAUUCUGUGUCGGGGCUGAAUGUGUACGAUGUGAGGUCCAAGUGCGAACAUCCUCCGAUGUGCUACGACUUCAGUCAUGUUGAGAAGUUCCUGAGACUGAAGAGCACGUUGAAGAAGCUGCAUGUGAGCCCCAAGAGCGCCAAGUGGCAGAGCUGCAACAUGGAAGUCCACGCGGGCUUUUCGUUCGACUGGAUGAAGAACUUUCACCAGCUGGUGCCGCCCAUGCUUGAAGCUGGAAUUAGGGGCUUGGUGUAUGCCGGUGACGCCGACUUCAUUGUGAACUGGAUGGGAUGCAAGGCCUGGACUUUGGAGCUGCCAUGGAGCAAGCACGAAGAGUUCCUGGCUGCAGAAGACAAGGAAUGGCUCGUGGACGGCAAGAAGGCUGGCCGCAUCCGUCAGGUCGGACCUUUUGCCUUCCAGCAAGUGUACGAGGCGGGCCACAUGGUGCCACUCGAUCAGCCCAAAAACGCGCUAGCGCUGCUCAAGGCGUUUACUUUGCCCGGGGAGCAAGAGGAUAACGUUGCGGAAGGAGCUGAACAGCAGUCGUGGGACAAGGAAGCCAUGAUCAAGGACGAAAGCGUCAUGAGCAUCAUGUAA